AGGUAUUGACCGGCGGCAUGGCAACAUGCGUUGAUUGGAGACCCAAACUUCUCAAGGAACCGUCACAUGCAGUAUCUUAGUCAGGCAUCCUCGCGUUCCACAGUAGGAAGAUCGCGGCAUUGGCUCGAAUUGGGUAUUUAGGCUUUGUGGCUUCAUUGUCUAGUCGUGUCCCCGCAAAUCCCCGCUUCAACCGCGCCGCUUCAGCUGGGCCUCGCAGCUGCCUUGUAGGGCAGCAUAAAGCGGACAAGGACCGCUCUUCCACUAGGUACUCCCCACCUCUUCUAAUUUCUCAAAAUACCACGAACACCAAACAGCCGUUUUUGAAGUUGUUCUCGAACCAUCCGCCAUCAUGUCCCCCGAAGAGUUCACGCAGAAAUCCUAUGACUAUGUCAUCUGUGGUGGUGGAACAGCGGGCCUGGUGCUUGCUGCUCGUCUCAGUGAGGACCCAAACGUCACCGUAGCAGUCCUGGAAGCAGGAGAGUCGCGCUUGGAUGACCCUUUGAUCGACGGCCCGAACCUGUUCAUCCAGACCUGGGACAAGCCAGAAUACGACUGGUGCUUCAAGACCGUCCCCCAGAAAGGAACCGAAGGCCGCGUUCACGGUUGGGCUCGCGGAAAAGUCCUUGGUGGCUCCUCGGCCAUCAACUACAACAUGUUUUCGAUGGCUUCCAGGCAGGACCUGAACAACUGGGCCGAGCUAGGAAAUGAGGGAUGGGGCUUCGAUGACCUUGCUCCGUAUUACCGGAAGUUCGAGACGUACAAUCCGCCUUCCAAAAUCUUGUCCUCCAAGAUCAACGAUAAAUAUGUCGACCCAUUAUUGCGCGGUACCGACGGUCCCAUCCAGAUCUCGUUUUGUGAGGCCGACUUCUCGUGGCACCAGGAAGUUUGGCCUGAAACCUGCAUUAAUGCCGGAUAUCCAAUGCCAAAGGAUCCGCGUACUGGGUCUGCGAUCGGCGGAUUCAACCAGUUGACGACUGUUGAUCCUAAGACUAUGCGAAGGUCAUACUCUGCGAGAGACUACUACGAGCCGAACGCUGGGCGACCGAACCUCACACUCUUGACCAAAGCUUUGGUCGCCAAGAUCGAGUUCGAGAAUAGCGACUCUAAGGACGCGACAGCAACGGGGGUGUCCUUCAGCGUUGAUGGCACCACCUAUUCUGUCAAAGCCAGCAAGGAAGUCAUUGUCUGCGGAGGCGUCGUCAACUCUCCCCAGAUUCUCGAGCUCUCUGGCAUCGGGUCACCCAGCGUUCUCCAGAAGGCUGGCAUCGAUGUCAUUGUUGAUAAUCCAGGUGUAGGAGAGAACUUGAACGACCACGCAGCGACGGGAAUUGCUAUUCAAGUCAAGGACGAAUAUCCCACGGCAGAAGUGCUCAUCAGAAGUCCGGAGAUUACGCAACAAGCGAUGGAGGCAUACAUCGCUCACAAAGCCGGCCCGUUCACUAAUGCUCCCACGACAUGCGGUUUCGCCUCCUUGAAGCUAGUCGACCCAGAUCUAGCCGAUGCGGAGAAGCACGUCCAAUCGCUAGUAGAAGACUACCUGAAGAAGCAUCCUGAUUCUGAUCCGGCCGGUCGGGAUGCUUUGCUCGCGCGUCAGGUCCUCGACCCGAACGAGGCCAUCACCCAGAUUGUGUUGCUCUGCAUAGGUGCAGAUAUUCGUAACUGCGAUACGCCGUCUAAGCUGUUCCUUCAUGAUACACCCGGUAACUGGAUCGUUAUGGGCGGCUGUAGUACUCGGUCUUUGUCUCGCGGAAGUAUUCACAUUCAGUCUUCCGACCCUACUCAACACCCUACAAUUGAUCCCGCAUAUUUCAGCCACCCUCUAGAUCUCGACUUGUCCGCUCGCACUGUCCUUCACGCCCUCAAGCUGGCAGAAUACGAACCCCUCCGAUCCAAGCUGAAGCUCGACGAGAAUGGGGAUAUCAUUCUCCAUCCUGGAGUGGCUUUCAAGCCGAAGACGCUAGAGGAGGCGAAGAAGAUUGCGGAAGGGAAUACUGUGACCGAGUAUCAUCCGAUUGGCACAUGUGCGAUGUUGCCGAGAGAGAAAGGAGGCGUGGUCGACAGCAAAUUGAAGGUCUAUGGGACCAGUAAUGUCCGGGUUGUGGAUGCUUCUAUCUUUCCUACGCAUGUGCAGGGAAACAUUGUCUCCUUGGUGUAUGCGGUCUCUGAGAAGGCGGCAGACUUGAUCAAAGGGAAGGCUACUGAUGGCAUGAAUGGUCAUUAAGGAGUGGAAAAUGCCUUGAUAUCUGCGAGAUUC